AUUCGAGAAUGGGACAUGGAAUGAGGCGACGGCCGCAGCAAACCCCAGCAGCCCCAGCCCCAGUCCUAGGCCCAGCAGCAGCGGAAGCCUCAGCCGCAGCCCCCGCUGUCCCGCCGCCCGGAGAGGCUCUGCAGCCAUGAAGCGGACCGUCCCGAGGCACCGCCGGUAGGCAGGGAGCCUCCGCGGAGCUCCCGCCGCCGCUCCCCCUUGGCGCCAAAGGCACCCGGUCCCGGAGCAGCCACGCGCGGCCCGUGAGCCUCACCACCAGCGGGGGCUCGGAGGAGGAGGACAAAGACGGUGGGGUGCUGUUCCACGUUAACAAGAGCGGCUUCCCCAUCGACAGCCACACCUGGGAGCGCAUGUGGAUGCACGUGGCCAAGGUGCACCCCAAGGGGGGAGAAAUGGUGGGCGCCAUCAGGAAUGCCACCUUCUUGGCAAAGCCUUCAAUACCCCAGGUCCCAAACUACAGGCUGUCAAUGACGAUCCCAGACUGGCUCCAGGCGAUCCAGAAUUACAUGAAAACACUACAAUACAAUCACACAGGGACCCAGUUCUUUGAAAUUAGGAAAAUGAGACCGCUGAGUGGGUUAAUGGAAACAGCAAAAGAAAUGACCCGAGAGUCCUUGCCUAUCAAAUGCCUUGAAGCUGUCAUCCUGGGCAUCUACUUAACCAAUGGACAGCCUUCCAUCGAGAGGUUCCCCAUCAGCUUUAAAACCUACUUCUCAGGAAACUACUUUCAUCAUGUUGUGCUGGGGAUUUACUGCAAUGGCCGCUAUGGCUCACUGGGCAUGAGCCGAAGGGCUGAGCUGAUGGACAAGCCACUGACCUUUCGGACUCUGAGUGACCUCAUCUUUGACUUUGAGGACUCCUACAAGAAAUACCUGCACACAGUCAAGAAGGUCAAGAUUGGGCUGUAUGUCCCCCAUGAGCCUCAUAGCUUCCAGCCCAUUGAGUGGAAGCAGCUGGUCCUCAACGUCUCAAAGAUGCUGAGGGCUGACAUAAGGAAGGAGCUGGAGAAAUACGCCAGAGACAUGAGAAUGAAGAUCCUGAAACCUGCAAGUGCCCACUCUCCGACCCAAGUGAGAACCCGGGGAAAAUCCCUGUCCCCCAGAAGGAGACAGGCAAGCCCCCCGAGAAGGCUCGGCAGGCGAGACAAGUCGCCUGCACUGCCUGAAAAGAAGGUGGCUGAUCUGAGCACUCUGAACGAAGUGGGCUAUCAAAUCCGAAUUUAGCCAAGCCAUACCGGCCAGCAAGAGGGUUUCUGUGGUGCUUUUCUCUGCACUUUACCCAGCAUCUUCAGGAGGAACUGCAACUAUUUAUUAAGAACUUGUGAAUUUUAUUUUUAAGGAUUCACCUGGAAAUAGGAUCUGAGUGGGUGGUAACAAUUAGCUUUAAAAAAUUCACUAAGAGGCACCAUGAAAAGGCUGAAGUAAUAAACCCCACUGGGGUUGGACUAUGUCCCUCACUCAAGAUCUUAAGGAUAACAACCAUAACUGUCGUUUUCUAUUUUUCCAUUUACCUACUUUCUUUUACUUGCUUUGAACAUUAUGCCUCGCCAGUAGUAAAUGUUCAUGAAAUAAUCUCUUGAACUUUUGGUAUAGUAAGGUAACUCAAACAGUAUUACUGUCUUUUUCAGCAAUAACAGAAAGCAAAAAUGGGUGGGUUUUUUUUAAGCAGUUAAUAUUACCUCAGCAUUUUGACAUCAGAUAUGCAAACUUAACGGUGGUUUUUGUUUUUUUAUAUUCUAUUUGUAUUCUUUCCCCAGUAUAUCCCAUGGGGAUCUCCACAAGCUUGGAGAUUUUUCCUGGUGCACACACAUGAUGAGAUUUAAGGUAUUAUAUGCAAGUGUUUUACUAAAAAGCACUGAAAUUCUUCUGGCAAUACAAGAACCAUUUUCAGGAUCUUGGAGUUACUUCCUCCUUAAUCUUUUUUAACGCAUUCACUGAUGUUUUUGUUUUUUCAAAACGAAACAAAAAUAUCACAUUGAGAAGCUAGUCUAUGUUCUGUCAUUAACAUUUAAGCUUUGCAGCACCUAGCAAAAAGCACAAGAGGUCAUGCACUAUUACACAAAUUUCGCAGUACUGGAUUACCUCUGACAGUACCACACUCAGGCAAAGAGACCAGGAGUGAUCAGCAGGUCUUCAGAACCAAAUAACCUUUCUGUUCACAUUUCAUCUGAUUUUUAACUGAGGCAGGCUUUGAUUCUCCUGAAGGACACAAAGAAUCAAACUAAGGGAGGGCUCAAAUGUUGUUAAAGAUGUGUUCUGAUGUCUUAUAUUAAGACCAAAUGUGACGUGAUGUGAUGAUCUUCCAGUACCUUGCUUUUAGGUACCACUUCAUGAUAUUUUAGGAACAAAUAUUGGAAAAUAUAAUGAAUUAGAAAAGCAGAACUUUUUUUUUUUAAUGGAAAAGUCUUCCGGUCUAGUGUUACACCUUAUAGUGUGAUUCAGUCCCUAAGCACAGAAUGAAGGUCUGGCCUGCAUAUGGUAGUUACAGUGUAACCUCUGAAUGCAGACCACACAGGACAGCCCUAAUAGCAUAGUCUUGUAUGGUAUAAAUAACAAGAGUACAGCUUCAAUUUCAUUUGCUUUAUCUUAGCAACAAUGCCAACUCAUGAGACCAAAUGGCCGACUUAAGUGAAGUCUGGGAGUCAACAAAUGUGUUUUCAGUCUCAAUGCAUCGCCUCUGGCUUUGACUGAAGGUGUUUAUAAGAAGGGAGUUAAAAAUCUGCUUAUUGAGAUUCUUUACCAAUUCUUUACAAGACUUCUGCGGUGACAUGGAAAACAAAAGGACUUUAUCCUUCUGCUAUGUGCACAAGAGCUUACUUCACCCUAAAAAUCAGUAUUAUUAAUGAAAAGUACUGUUUUCUUAAAAAAAAAAGAAGUCUAAUGUCCUUCAGAUGAACAAGACCAACUAUACAUCUCCAUUUGAUUAAAAUGCAGCACAGGCCGGGCGCCGUGGCUCACACCUGUA